CCAGUGCAUUGGAGGAUUCCCCUGUUAGAUGGGCGCUCCUUGCGCCCACCUCUGUGUCUCCUUGGGCUGAACUCAGCCUGAGGAGACACACGAUACCUGGCAGCUGGGUUAGGGGUGUGAGCACACCCUUAACAUCAGCUAGCAGCCGGGUUGGUUUAAAGGAGGCAGCGAUAGCAGUAAAAGAAAACAGCCACGGCAAUUUUUUCACCUCAGGACUGUCCCCAAUGCAAGCUGUCAGAAGUACCAUUUCUGAGGAUCUCCAGAUACUUCUUGAAGAUGUUGAAGAUUACCUGGUUGAAGGGCUGAAAAAUGAAAGCCUUAGUGCUGAAGCAAGGGAGGAGAGAGAUGCAGUCUUGUCUGAUAUCCAACAAUUUAAAGAGAGGUAUCAUUGGGGAUUCCUGCCCAGAGGAGUUCCAGCUAAGUUUGGCUUUGCACAAGGUGCCUCUGAUGACAGCCAAACUUGGAAUGUCCCUUCUUCUGCAACUUCAGAGGCAUCAUUUCCAUCCAGCCAUCCUGAGAAUGGAGCUGAGAACAACUCACAGAAGGCCACUCAAGAACAGGGAGGCAUUCUGAAACAAGGAUACUUAGAAAAGAAAUCCAAAGAUGCCAAAAUAUUUGGCUCUGAGUGGCAGAAGCGAUGGUGCACCCUUGACCCGAUAACCUUCUACUACUAUGCAAAUGAAAAAAGCAAGCAACCAAAAGGCAUGUUCCCCAUCAAGAACUACCGUGCUCAGAUGGCUCCCUACCUGCGCAAGGAUGCUCGAAGAGAUUGCUGUUUUGAGUUGUCCUGUCCCGGCAAACGUACCUAUGAGUUCACAGCUGUUAGCCCCGAAGAAGCUGAAGACUGGGUGGAUCAGAUCCUGUUCCUGCUCAGGGAUAUGAGGUCUUUUGUUAUCCCCUGUGAGGAGGAAGACGAUGAUGACAAAGAGACCUAUGAUGACAUAGACAGUUUUGAUUCCCCCACUGUGACACUUCACCAGGAUACCAGUUUGAACCUGGAGGAAGACAUGGAAAAGUGUGACGAGAGCAUCUAUGAAGUUCUUCCAGAUGAGGAUCUUGACUUGCUGGCUGAAGAUGACGAAAAUGGUGGAAGUACAGAUAAGACAGGCUUCAAAAGAAGUUAUGCAAAUUACUACCAAGGUCUAUGGGACUGUUCUGGUAGCCAGCCAGAUGAACUAUCUUUUCAGCGGGGAGAUUUGAUAUACAUCAUCAGCAAGGAAUACAAUAUGUAUGGCUGGUGGGUCGGAGAGCUGGACAGCGUGGUGGGCAUUGUCCCUAAGGAAUAUCUUAUGCCUGCCUAUGAAGUGGAAGAAAGAUGAACAACAGAUAUCCUGGGUCUCAUCUCUUUCCAGCCUUGCUUUGCUGACACAACAGAAACGCUUCCCAGAACCCUCUUUGCCAUCCCUGAGAAACAUACGAGCACCAGGAGGCUUAUGUAUGUCUUCAACCACAUCGGGUCUAUAAGUGAGGCACAGCCUUCUCUGCCAUUCUUUCAACCUUGUUUACACUGAGUUAGGGUACUUUAUACCCUAGACUUUACCAUGACACCUCUUCCAUUUGGCUCCAUCUGGCACAUGCCGUCAUUCCAAAGUGUUGCUCCAGCUUAAGAUGGCCAGACAUCAGAAGACUUGCCAGAGUGAUCGGGGGGAUGCGGUACUUGUUGUUUUUGCAGAACACUCAAGAAAGUGGCUGUUUUGAUGCUCAUCCAGAAUAAAUACAUUUUGUCUCA